AUGUCCAUAGAGGAAGAAGAAUCUGUUAGACAGUUCAACGAAGGACUAAAGUUUGAUGCGAACGGUCUAGAAGCAGCCAACGUGACACGACCAGAUGGAAGCCCUGUGCAAGGAAGCAAAUAUGCUCCGGACCGCCGAAGAAACUACUAUCACAACUAUCGAGAUUUCUGUCGUGGGACACGCCGCUCCCGCGGCGGGCCCAACUCCGGUACCAACGGAGAGGUUAAACUGGAGGAAGAAGAUAGGGAGAAGAGGCAACCCCGCCGAAGACGACGUCCCAGAUAUAGGCGCAGGUCUGAUGAGGAACGCCCUGAAGGCGAUGAACAAGAAGAACGAGAUGGUGAUCAUGAAGGAGGAGAAGAGGGAAAAGAGUGUCCGGCACAGAAUCUUCGCCGACGUCGUCCUUACCGCAGAUCCUACUGGCGCCCUAGUAGAAAGGACGGAAUGACAGGAAAGUGCCUGAUCGAAAGAGUUGAAAGAUUGCUUCCUGGAAAAGACGGCUUGAUUCGUACUGUUGUUUUGAAGACAAAGAAAGGGCUUCUAAGGAGACCUGUACAGAGGCUACAUCGUCUGGAAGCAAGCAGUACUCAAUUUGGAAGAGGUGAAUUAGGUGAAAGCGGUGCUUACGGUGGGGAGUCGUUCCUCGAAAGGUCAAGAAAUGGGCGAAAAAGAAACAAGUUACACAGAAAUCAGUGUCAAGUCUCCAACAGUAUUGGAGAGGUGGGGAGGAUGUUCGGGUCCGGACCCGUACCGGGAGGAUCUCACGCCCCCCAGUGA